CAAAAAAGGGGGGAAGGCGAGGGGCCGGCUGGGCUGCCCCUGCUAUGUGACCGCCGGCGUCGGGCGCUGCCUCUCGCCUGUCCGCCGGUCCUCAGAGGCCUCGCCGUGGGCAGGGAGGGCGCCUCCUCCCGCUCCCUCGCCCGCCCGGCCUGUGGGAGCGUCCCGGAGGAGCGGCCCUAAAAGGGGGGGGUGGGGGGAGGCCAUUUUGUCCCGACUGAUUGACUCCCCGGAACCGAGCGGCGGGGGUGGGAGAGGCCGAGGACCAGCCUCCUCCGGUCGUGCCCGUCCUCGGGGCCUGUGCCAGCCCCUCUCUGCCCACCCCCUCCCCCCGGGGAGCCCGCCGGGGUCCUAAGGUGGUGGUGCGGAGGGGCCGAUCCCGCGGGACCGGACCCGCUGCUCCCAAUGGCGAAGAAGACCUACGACCUGCUCUUCAAGCUGCUCCUCAUCGGGGACUCGGGAGUGGGGAAGACCUGCGUCCUCUUCCGCUUCUCCGACGACGCCUUCAACACCACUUUUAUCUCCACCAUAGGAAUUGACUUUAAGAUCAAAACAGUUGAAUUACAAGGAAAGAAGAUCAAGCUACAGAUAUGGGAUACAGCAGGCCAGGAACGAUUUCACACCAUCACCACCUCCUACUACAGAGGGGCUAUGGGAAUCAUGCUAGUGUACGACAUCACAAAUGGUAAAAGUUUUGAAAACAUCAGCAAGUGGCUAAGAAACAUAGAUGAGCAUGCCAAUGAAGAUGUGGAAAGGAUGCUGCUAGGAAAUAAGUGUGACAUGGAAGAUAAGAGGGUUGUACUUAAAACUAAAGGAGAGCAGAUCGCGAAGGAGCAUGGUAUUAGGUUUUUUGAGACUAGUGCAAAAGCAAAUAUUAACAUUGAGAAGGCAUUCCUCACAUUAGCAGAAGAUAUACUCCGAAAGACCCCAGUAAAAGAGCCCAACAGUGAAAAUGUAGAUAUCAGCAGUGGAGGGGGAGUGACAGGCUGGAAGAGCAAAUGUUGCUGAGUGUUCUCCUGUUCCAUCAAUUGCCAUCCACCAACCCUUUUUCUCUUCUUGCUGCAAAAUAAACCACUCUGCCCAUUUUUAACCUAAACAGGUGUUUUCAGCCCUCACCUUAAGUCUCACCCUCCCUUUGUUCUUUCACCUAUAAUGGCUUGCUGAUAUAAUUUUCUCCAAACAGAAAAAUGUAUAGAAAAAAUCAUGUCUUACCACUAUGUUUUGGUUGUAUUAUAGUCCAGUUCCCAUGAACAUUAAAACCGAUAGCAAUCAUUUCAACUCUUCUGCAAAUUGUAUAAGAAUAAAAGUUAGAAUUAACAAUUUAUUUUGUACAACAGUGGAAUUUUCUGUUAUAGAUAAUGUGCUUGAGUCACCAUAAUCUAUCAACAUGUAUUAGCGCAAAAAAAAAAAAAGCCAGGAACACACUCAUUUUCAUUUUGAGUAUGUCAGUGGGUUAAUUUUGUCCUGUGCCUUAUGUGGAGAGGAUCUUUUGGUUUUUGGGGUUUUUUUUUGGUUUUUUCUUUAUUUUGUUCUGGUGGAAGCAUGUGCAGGAGACGUAUAAUCCAAACGUGACCAUUUUUAAAUAUUAAAACUUCUGUGGUUUGCUUGGCUGUGAUUGUCAGUGUAGUGAAUUGAAGACAAUGGGUGGUGCAGAAAUGUUAACUUUCAUUUGCUGGGGUCUCCUCUUAGAAUGGCCUUGUGAUUUAGAACUGUUCUGCCACCAUUUCAUUUUUCAUUGGCCACUUUUUCCCCCUUUGCCUGCAUGCUGCUUUAUUUGCUUUUAAUCAUGGUGUGAGUUGUUUAAAAAAAAAAAGGGGGGGGGGGAGGUGGCAAACGGAUGUUUGCCAAACUUAAUGCAAAGCACUGAUUUAUCUUACACAGUAACAUUAUUAAAUACCGACUAACUUCCCACAAGCAAAUGUCAAUCUUUCCCUCAUAUGUUCUCUUCCAGACCCCACCUCACUUGCUCUUUUCCCCUUUCCCUCAUCUCCUGCAUAUCCAUUGGUUUUAAGGUAGGGAAGAGUUCUUUGCAUGCACUAGUGUUUUCUAUGGAGGGUGAUGUGGUUGUCUUUCUAACUAUAUGUAUAGAACAUUCAAUUCCCCCAAAUACAGCAUCAAUUAAUGUGAAUUUCAGAGGCCUCCAUUUUUGUUAGCCGCUCCAGCAGGUUAUUUGGUAGCCCAGCAAAAAGAUUUAGCAAAUUUUGGGGGGGUUGGGAAAUGGCGAUGCUGCCUGUUGGUACUGGGAUUUUUUUGUCACCCUAAAAUAAUGUUUUUCAGUGUUCAAAGGUUAGAAUCUCUACCUUUUUUCAUUGUACUUCAGCUUAUUGGAGAGUAACCAACUUUGAACCUUUUACCUCUAGAACCUUUUGGAAAAUUGGAUAUGAAAAACUGACAGCAAAAAAGGCAUUACAUGCAAAGAUAUGAUUACUAGCACUGUCUCUAGCCCUUCUCUCUGUUUCCUCUCAUCCAGUUUGCUGCUUUGCAUCAUCAUUAGAAGAGACUAGGUUAAGUUAGCUCUGCUGCUGGCCUUCUUAGAUGACACCUUUGUUGGAAUAAUUGAAUGAAUGAUUCAUUUCUAGCAGAGGCUGAGUUGUAGGACAGCAGCUCCCAGUGAAACGAGCCUUUUUUCCCCCCUGUCGUGGGUAGCAUUUUAAUGCCCUCUUGGCUUUCACAAACAACGUUGGAAGAUGAUUUAUUUUUGUUUUGCCCCCCAGUGAAAACCAAUGAGUUUUCUCAAAUACCCUGAAAUCUACCUUUCAGUGUCUGGGAGGUGGAUCUUUCAAUUUUUCUCACUUUGUUUUUUUAUCAUCCUUUUUUCCCCAAAGCAGUGUCGCCAAAUAAUCCUAGACUUUUUUUUUUUAUUUCAUGUUAAUGAAAUGACAGUGUUCAACUUCCUCAGAGUUCCAGUUUUGACCUGCUGUCAGUGUAGUAAAUUUACUGGUAUAUGUUGCUUCUCUCUCUCUCCUCUCUCUCUUUCUCUCUCACUCUCUCUUUCUCUCUCUCUCAUGGUUAGAAGUUAUUCAGAUAUUGGUCAUGUGACAUAAGGCAAGAGCUAAAAACUGGGACUCUAGGUGACGACUGACAGUUUCAUUCUUUGCAUAAUAAAUAUAAUCGGCAUUGUAAAUAGACAAGAUAUGGCUACCUUUUGUUAAAUCUGCACUUUCUAACUAUCGAAAAAGGGAAAAUGGAGUAUAAAUCAAUUUUUGUAUAAUCCUUGUUUAAAAGCGUGAGCUUUUUAUUUGCUUAAUAUUAGGGCUUAACCCAUUCUUUGUAAGUCUUUUGGGAUCCUGUGUAGAAACUGUUUUCAUUAAGCACCCAGCAGUUAAGUCCAUUCUCUGGUACUAAACUAGUUACAGAUUCGGUUUCAUAUUCUACUUACAAUUUAAAUAAACUGAAAUAUUUCUAGAUGGUCUACUUCUGUUCAUAUAUAAAAACAAAAUCUUGAUUUCCAACUGUGUGGUUUGGCUGUCAUUUAUUUGUGGAGUAGAAAAUGCUGGCCCAUCUUGCUGGGAAAGUAAAAUAAUUCUGCUUAAUGCUUUUAUAAAAUAAUGAAGUACAAUCAGUAAGCUAAAUAUUUUUUGGAGGGGGAGGGAGGAAUUACUAGGAAACAUUAUUGACUUGUUUACAUCUAGCUCUCCACCAAGUUUCUUAGAGAAAUAUUCAUUUUUCUUUUGAAAUGAAGACACUUUGAACUUUAAAGCCUUCCCUGCCCUCUAAGAUGAGUCAAAUAGUCGCAUUACUGUUAGCAGGUUAGGCCUGGUGUGUAUGGUUUCACCUCAGAUAAUUAGGUGGUUCCUGAGAAUUCUGUUUUAACCCAGAUGCACCAGAAGAGCCAUGAGUGGGAUUUUUCUUCCAAGGUCUUAAGCUAAAAAAGAAGCACACAUACCUAAACACGAUCCUCUAGUACAACUAUCUGGCAUUUGGAAAACAGCAUACUAUGCCUUUAAAAGCAAAUCAAAUAAAGGAAUUUCUUUUAAAA